GUGUCACUUAAGCAAAACAAUUUCAACUUUUAAAACUCUCCACGUGUCUUCUAUUUCGAUACGCACUCUGGUCCCUUUCAUGCGUUUCUCCCGCCAUCCUCGGUCUCCCUCUAACUCUCUCUCUCAGGGGUUUCGUUUUUUCAAUAUUCCCUUCGAAGUGAUAUGAAGAUUCUGCUUGAAAGGUGAAAACUUCCAUCUUUUUUCGUAGGAUUAGUUGUUACAUUUUGUGUCAUUAUAGAGAUGGCAGGGAAUUCCGAUACAGUGAGGCAAACCCCACCUGGGAUUUUGCUUAUAAGAAGAUUAAGGGGAAGAGAUUGGUCUUUACAAACGUAUAGAUACAUGGUUUUGCUGGUUACUUUCAUAGCAUAUGCUUGUUAUCAUGCCUCUAGAAAACCUAGUAGUAUUGUCAAGAGUGUAUUGUAUCCUGAACCUAUGAAGCAGCCGCAGCAAUACCCUUGGCCUAUUGGCCAACUCUUUGCGAAGAAAGAAAUUAUGAGUGUUAGUGAAAAGAGAUCGAGUCAUAAAGGUUGGGCUCCAUUUGAUGGAAGAGAUGGGUUAUCAAGAUUGGGGGAGAUUGAUGUUGCAUUUCUUUCUUGUUACUCAUUAGGAAUGUAUGUUGCUGGACAUUUAGGUGAUUCUUUGGAUCUGAGGUUAUUCUUGACUACAGGCAUGAUAGGAAGUGGCAUUUUUGUGGGGCUAUUUGGUAUGGGGUACUUUUGGAAUGUUCAUGUGUUUGGUUUUUAUCUUGUUAUGCAAAUGGUUGCCGGUUUAUUUCAAGCCACUGGUUGGCCCUCUGUUGUGGCUGUGAUUGGGAAUUGGUUCGGGAAAACGAAGAGGGGAUUGAUAAUGGGUAUGUGGAAUGCACAUACUUCUGUUGGGAAUAUUACUGGUUCUCUUCUUGCUGCCAGUGUUUUGGAGUAUGGUUGGGGUUGGUCUUUUAUAGUACCAGGUGCAUUUAUUGUCAUGGGAGGGAUCAUUGUUUACUUGUUCCUGGCUGCUUAUCCCGAGGAUAUGGGCUUUUUUGACAUAGAUGGUCCAGUUGCAAGCUCGGAGAAAUUGUGUAAAGAUGAAGACUCCCAGAUUUUGAAAGGAAACAAGGUGGAAGUACUAAAAAAAUUUGAUUCACAGAGGGGGUCUGGGAGUAGGACAAGUGUUGGCCUUCUUCAAGCUUGUUUGAUACCGGGUGUGAUACCUUUUGCAUUGUGCCUCUUCUUUGCAAAGCUGGUAGCCUACACGUUUUUAUAUUGGUUACCUUUUUAUUUAAGUCAGACAGAAAUUGGUGGAAAGUACAUGUCAGACAAGACUGCUGGAGAUCUCUCCACUCUGUUUGAUGUGGGGGGAAUUGUUGGCGGAAUCCUUGCUGGCUAUAUAUCAGAUAAACUUAAAGCUCGUGCCAUUACAGCAGCCACCUUCAUGUAUGCUGCAAUUCCAUGCAUGCUCUUAUAUCGUGCAUACGGGGGUGUCUCAAGGACUAUCAACAUUAUACUUAUGAUGCUUGCUGGCCUAUUUGUAAAUGGGCCAUAUGCACUUAUCACUACUGCUGUCUCUGCAGACCUUGGAACACACAGUAGUGUUAAAGGUGAUUCUCGAGCUCUGGCAACAGUGACUGCUAUCAUUGAUGGCACUGGAUCAGUUGGUGCAGCUCUUGGUCCUCUGCUUACCGGAUUCCUUUCAGAAAAAGGGUGGGAUUCUGUUUUCAUUAUGCUAACAGUUGGAGCUCUUGUUGCGGGGCUUCUUUUGUCACGUUUAGUUAUCGCUGAAAUCAAUGAAAAAACUGGCAAGCCCAUGACUGCAUCCAGUGGACGACAAGAUUUGGAAGGUGCUGCGUCCCAACCACUUUUGAAUGAGCAAAGGCGAUGAUCGGAUGGGAGAAUGCUUCAUAAUAUUAGAGAAGUUGGGAAGGAUUGAUUGCAGAUAGCAUGCUACAGAUUGAAGGGCUAUCUUAAUUACUAUGUAGAAGGGCAAAAAUAAAGAAAUGUGUUUAUGAAAUAUUGAUGGGUUUCCUUUGCGGUUGAUAUUUCCGGGUUUGGGUCAACUUUUUGUAGAUAAAUAAUAUAGGUUUGGUAAGCAAUUUCUACAUGUUUAUGAACUACAGGUUUAUUUCUUUAUUUUUAAUGAAUUAUUUAUAAUUUAAGA